AAAUCAGUCAAACUCGUAGUGUAGUCCAGCGAAAUUCUGCUUUAGUAGUAGAAAAAUGGAUUUGCAAGAGUGCUUAGCGCUGUUGCAUUCAUUAAUUCGUAGUGACAUAUCUACAGUUGGAGAUACAAUUGCUAGUACGAUGUCAGACAUAAACGAGAUCUGCACUAAUGAUGUAAAUCUUGACAAAAUUGACUACUAUAAUGGUAUCAUCUUUGAUAAAGACAAAGGUUUAAUCAAGCUAAUGAAAAAUUCUAUGGGCAAAGAUGAAUUAACAGAUUUAAAAUCAACAGCUCUAACAAUAAUUCAUUCUUUGAUUAGUCGUUUCGAUGUCAAAAUGAAGUCGUAUGCUACACAAAUUAAAGAAAUUGCUUUGACUUUAUUUAUUCGUGAAAAAUAUAGUAAAGUAAAGGUAGCUGCUGGAUUGUUAGUUUAUGAGCUACUAAAAAUUACGGCUAAGAAUGCAGAAGAACUCAAUAUUCCUCAGUUUAUUACGAAAUUGUUUGAAAUGUUAUCUCAAUCUCAGUCAAAGUUGCAAGCUACGACAAAAUACCAUCUAUUUCGCAUCUUGGGAUAUUUAGGAGAGUUGCACCCUGAAUAUAUGAUGAAUUAUUCCGAAAAAUUAACUGAUUUAUUCAUCAAAAGCCUUAAAACAGAGAUUACUUCUAAAACUAGAAAACCAGAAUUUCAAAUUAUAUCUGGAACAUUUUAUGGCUUAUCUCAUCUGCUUGUAAAUUUCUCUCCAUCAGAUCCGACUAGUCUUCAGAAUAUUUUUAAAUAUAUCAAUUUGACUAUUGACCCUGAAGCUAAAAUUUCUAGAUACGAAUGUGUAAAAGCUGGCCUAUCCCUACUAGGGAAGCAUAUUUAUCACUUUGGCCCGUUUGUACUUAAAGAUUAUGAGCGAGUGUACGACCGCUUUCACAGAUGGAUUAUACAUAAAAACGCAGAGGUAAAGCACGACGCUGCUAUAGCUUUAACUGAGUUCAUGAAAUUCCUGGCCAAGGAACUAGCUGAAACUGGAAAGUCCAAAAAAGAAAAUGUUCACAUGUUGUCAUUCCUUAUAAAGAAAUUUAAAGAAAUGUUGAGAAGUAAAGAAUCCUCAAAUAAAGAAAUAUCUUUGGCUAUUAGGGGAUAUGGUUUACUUGCAAAACCAUGUAAACUGUUCUUAUCAAAGGCAGAACUUGCGAUUAUGUUCAAUGAGGUUAUUCAAUAUGGAGAUGAUAUGUAUUUCACACAAGAAAAUAUAGCUGAUAAAGUUAUAAGUCUACCGACCUAUCUGGAGACUCUAGCAAGCGUUGUGUGCUAUGUCACUGACAUUUCAGAUUCCUGCCUACUAACUUUAAAGAAGAAUGUAUUAGUCCUUAUUGAAAGAUUUCCACAUAUGCCCGAUAAAAUGCACUAUUCAGCCCAGAUGUCUCUUUCGGCUGUUAUACUUUCACUAACAAGUAACGGAGUAGCUUUAAAUAACUUUCUCUCAGAUAUCAUUUAUCAGGGAUUAAUUAGAACUUGUUCCCACGCUCUACAAGUAGAUGAAUUUGCAGAUAUAAACCAAGAAUCUGUUUCAAACGAAGAUAAAAUAAUUGAAAGAAAAAUUUCUUACAAAAGUUAUAUAGUGCUGUGGCAAGGAUUGAUCAAUGCAGCACCUUUGCAGGCCAAGAAUGAAAAAGAUAGAAAAUUAAUACCAAAAGAAGAAGAAGAUUUAACUGCUACAAUUUAUAAUGAAUUAAUUCAAUCUGUUCUAAAGAUCAUAUCGAAGUUGAAUCUGAAGUUGAUAAAUCAACAUGAUAUUGAUGAAGAAAGUUUUGAUACAACUGGUACAAUAAUUAUGGACGAAUCUCUUAGAGCGGAAAAGCCAAAAGAUUUCAUUAUUUUGGCUAAUUUAAAAAAAUUCAUGUACAGUGACCUACUUGUUGCAACACACAUUCAUCGUUUUGAGAGAUGGAUUUACUUGUUUACUGACACUUUAGUACUCUACUGUACUAAGUUUCCGUUAGUCAGCUCCUUUUAUAAAUUACUUGCAGUAACAGCAAAAAUCUCCGCCAAAUUACAGUAUUUCAAGGAAAUUGACAAUUUGAAGAUCACAAGUGAUUCUGGCGAAAAUAAAAUGGAAGUUGAUAGCGAUACUAUUAGUACUGAAAAAUGGUCCUGUUAUGUAUUAUUCGUAAAAUUUUCCAAAGAAGUUUUAGUUAGAAUGAAACAAUUUAAAGACGAUAUUUUAUGUUCAUGUUUGGAGUUUAUUUUGGAAUUACCGGUUGAAAUAAUCUCUAAUGACACUCAUCUUUUCGUACCUGCUAUACAGAAUGCCUUUGAUAUUGGACUAAGUUAUACACCUCUUGCUGAAAGUGGGUUGAUUGCUCUUGAACGAUGGACUAAUGAUUUAGAUUCAGCUCAAUGGUACCCGUUACUCAGAGAAAUUCUACCAAGUCUGAACAAAUAUAUGGUUGCAACAUCGAAUUCUCUUACUGAUGCUCAAGAAACGGUAACUCUUCAUUCAUCCUCAAAUAAGAGAGGAAAAAAGAAAAUUUCCAUCACAGUACCAAAAAAAAGAAGUCAAAUCGAUGGUGUUCAAUUGACGAAACAAGAAACAACUAUGGAGAAUAUAAGAAUCAAAAUUGUUCAAUUUCUUGGAUCAAUUGGUAGCUCUAUUAAUCAAUAUUUAGUAGAUGGUAUUCAAGAAUCAAAUUUACAAGCCUGGGAUACUGAGAAACAUUUAAAAUUUUCCCUACCAUUUAUCGAUAUCAAACCCGAUAUCUAUUUAGAUCCGUUUUUGCCUCGAGUUGUAUACUUGGCCCAACAUUCCAGUGAUAGACAAACUAAAGUCGCUGCUUGUGAAUUAUUACAAGCUUUAGUGGUUUUCAUUUUGGGAAAAUCAUCUCAACAGUCUCGAGAGAAUAAACAAUCUAUGAUAAAUUUAUACAAAAAGAUUUUUCCAGCUGUUUUGAGUUUGUCAUGUGACAUUGAAUCUGUUGCAAGACAAUUAUUUAAACCCUUAUUAGAACAACUAAUACAUUGGUUUUCGAAGAGUACUGUGGAUUAUUCGGAAGCUAAUGAACUUUUAAAUGCCUUAACAGAUGGUGUUGUCCAAUCGAAAAAUUCUUCACUAAGGCAGAUUAGCGCAGAUGGAAUUCGUGAAUUUGUAUCGUGGACAAUAAAGCAAACUACUAAAAAAGAUCUAGAAUCGAAACCUCAAAAUAUUGAGGCCGUUUUAAACCGAAUAUUCGCUCUGUCUAUUCAUCCUGACACUUUUCAUAGAUUUGGGGCUGCCAUGAUUUUUAAUAGUAUUUAUAGGUUUCUAAGGGAGGAAGAGCAUUUGGUAGAUAUUUAUAUCUUCAAAUUAUUAGCUUGUUUCAUCGAAUGCUUAACUCUGGCGCAUUCUGAAGAAAAAGCUUUGGGAACUGAAGAACAAUGUAAAAUUGCUUUGAAUCAUAUUGAAAAAAUAAUAAAGGUGAAGUCGAAUCUACUGAAUAAACCAUCAGCAAAAAGAAGAAGAAUUAAACCCCACCAAUGGAAAGAAGCUUCAAUUGAUAUUGCCCUCAGAUGGUUGUUGAGACAAUGUGGUAAACCCUAUCCAGAAUCUAGACAUAUGAGCAUGCAAAUUAUUUGUAAUUUGUGCGUGACUUUAUCGGAUGAUAUUAAGAGUCCAAGAGACUAUUUUAAACUCUUGUUAAAAGACCCAAGUAAAGGACCAGCUUAUUUCAUUGCUAGAUUCGAAUAUGAUGCCUUGGAAUCGAAUGGUAUCGCUACUGUUCCCAAUUUAUUCGAUGCAUUUCAAACUUUUGACCUAUCUUCUAUGCUCAGUUGGUUUGAAAAAUUUCUUGCUUCUUUGGAUUGCUAUACAUGGAUACUUAGUCAAAGAUUUUUAAGCACAACAGAUCUGUUUUCAAAAAAGCAAGAUCCAAAUCCUAGUAGAUUAUUUGAAGUUAUGUCCCAUUUUAUCAGUGAUAUUGCUAUGUUAAAUUUGGACUCGCUUACCAAAUGUUUUAAAUCAAAUUCGUCAACAAUCUUUACAGUUAAAGAAGUUACAGUAUUUAAUAGAUUGAAAUGCACAGUUAUAGUGCGAAUAUUUCAUUUAAUCGAAGCUGCAAUUAGUCAAAAUGUAAAGGAAAGCUUAAAAAUACUCUCAGCUGAAGUCCUUUCGGAAGAUUUCUUCAAAUUGCUAUUUACCUGCUUUUUAGACGCUAAAUCUCUUGGAUUUGAUCUUGCAGAUAUUGAAACUGCAAAGAGAUUACCCGAUGAGGUAUCUUCAUGCACCAAGCGAUUAUUGCGAAAUUUACCACAAAAUCUUAUCAUUAAUAUGAAAGAUUCUGUUAAGAAUUUAACCGAAAACAAAAAAAGUUUAAUGCUAUCCGCGAUACUGCCUGACAAUCUUGAAGAUAGUACUUGUGAUCUUGUAUCACUAAUAAGCGUUGUUCAGGGAUAUGAGCGAUUAAAUGAUUUAAAAAUUCUUUCCGAUUGCUUGGACACUAAGGAACUGGCAGAAACUUUACUAAAUUAUGUUUUUGAUAGUGUUGUUAUGAAAGAUGGUAACAAAUUAACAGCUCGAAGACUCACGCCCCUUUCAUCAGACGUUUUGAACAGUUUCUUACGACUAAGCAUAUCUAUGAAUGAUGAAGCCCUAAUAAGUAAAUUGUAUUCGAAAGAAGAAGUUUGGAAUACCAGUCAAUCUAAGCCAUCAGAUAGGGGACUCUACUUUUAUUGCCAGUUUCAAUCCAUCAUCAAUCUUAGUUUGGUAAAGCGCCCUGAUAGAUUGAAAGAUUUAACAUCAUCCGUUGAAAGACAUCAAUAUCUCUGUACUAAUAUUUUCAAUGGAUUGUUAGAUUUCGUUGUUAAAGAUAGAGAUAUUCGAAAAAGUGACGGUCCUACUGUAGUUGGAGGAAUACUUGCAGAUUGGGAACUGUUACAAAAUUGGACGAGCGAAAGUGGUGAAGAUGAGUCAAAAGACUUAAUUAUUUCUCUUCUUACGAAACUAAUUCUUAUCGAUUCAAAGAUUGCUACUGAUAAAAGUAAUAAACACUUUAAAAAGAUUUUUGAAACAUAUAUUACACUACUAAGAGACCCGAAAAGUGGUUUAACUACGAAGAAUAAGCUCCUGGAUUUGCUAAUGUUCUUUGCAUCUGUGUCAAGUCCCGAGAAGCGAAAAUUAGAUGAGGCGUUAAAUUCCCUUGUAAAUGAUUAUUUCCCCUUAAAAAGUUCUGAAUUUGAAAUUGGAACCCAAAAAUAUAUUCAGUAUGUUAGCGCAGUGAAUAAGAUCCUAGAUUCUCUUAAAUUGACAGGAAGUGAAAUACUACUUAAACUAACCAUAAGUAUAUUUUGUCGAGAGAAAGUUCACGCAUGUGAAGAAUCUCUUCAAAAGAGCGUCGUUGACUUAAUAAAAAGUAAAGAUAAACAAAAACCCCUGAUUGAUAUUCCAUACGGAAUGCUUAUGGAUCAAUCGUUCACAGUUGAAAUCAGGUUGUCAAUAUUGGAAAGAGUCUGUCUUCCUUUAUUAAGAAGUGCUUCUUCAAGUGCAAUCACAGAAUUCUUUUUGAGCUAUAUUUGUCGAUUGGCUGAAAUUGUUGAAGCAAAGCUAACAAAGACCGAAAUGGAAAAUCAUCUAGUUGAAAAACUUGCUGUAUUUAAAUUAAUUGAAAUUUUAUACGCUCGACUAUCGAAAAACGAUGUCAAUACAAAAGAUUCAAGAAUAAACUUGGUAUACUCCAAAGGUUCGGCAACUAAUGGCAACGAAAUGACAAAAUUUUUUACAAAAAUUUGUAAUUCUGUCAAAUCUGAAGAUUGCCGAAAUGAAAAUUCUUAUCUUGAAUUGAGAAGGAAAUAUCAUUGCGCUGCCUAUAAUUGCUUGGUUUCAAUUAUUGCUUGUACUCAAACAGAUGUUAGAUUUUAUAAUAGCUUUUUAUUUGGAGGUUCUUUUCUGUUUGAGAACAUGAUAGAUACUACUAAAAGAUAUGAGUUUGCCAUGGAAAUGGAUAAAUUGUUUUCCAAAAAGAGACAAUUUAUAUCCGUUAGAAAUGAAGUAAGGUCUUAUCGUCGACAAUCCUUUGACUCCAGCUUUAAUCAAAGUUUAUACUAUCCAUCUUCCCAAUACUUGGCUGAUAGUAGCUUAAGCGUUGAGGCGUCUCAUUAUGAUUUCACUUCAUCAUUUACAUCAAGAACAUCGUCGGGAUCUGAUAUAUCCUUUUCAACAUCGAUGAAUGAAACGAUGGACAUAAUGGAAGAUUCCGAAGAUACAAUCUAUAUGGAAAUGGAUCCAAUCAAUGAACACGAGUGCAUGCCUUGUAUGACGGCUCUCUUACGUCAUAUGUUGCGAAAUAAUAUUACACCUGCUGAACCAGGAAAAGAUAUGCCAACCUGGAUGAAAAAUAUCCUCGAAAAAAUAAAUCAUCACGAAACUCACACUAAUAUAAAACUAUUUAUAGCCAAAUUAGUUGUUAAUAGUCCCAAAACAUUUAAGCCAUAUGCAAAGAAUUGGUUUGGUCCUCUAAUAAAUUUAAUAAUUAAUGAUAGGGUAGGAGGAGGAGGAUUGAACUAUUUCGUCGUAGACCUAAUAGUGACCAUACUGUCCUGGCAUGAAGUUGCUGUUCCAGAGAAUAACAUUGUGGAUCGAACAAUGUCUAGCAAACUACUCUUAUACCUUAUCAAGAACUGUCACCAUGAAACAAGAGCUGUACUCCGUAAUAAUUUAGAAGUCUUAAAAACUCUUGUAGAAGUUUGGAGAAAUAGCUUAGAUGUUCCUUACGGGGCGGUUUAUGAGCACUUGGGUCACAAAUCUGAAGACAACCGGAGUAGAAACGUUACUGGAGUACAAAUUCUUGGUGUAUUGGUGGCAAAUAACUUGCCUCCUUUUAAGGAUGGCGCAGACCCUACCGGCAGAAUCGAUAAGAAUCGAUAUUACAAUGCUCUUUUUAACUGCCUUUCACAAAGAAGUAGAGGGGCUUACGGCUCAGCUGCGGAGGUAACUGGAAUGGUUCUUAAAUAUUUAUCAGCAAAUUCUACAGAUAAAUCUUGGUUGGAAUCGAAAGACGACGAGCUGUCAAAGCGUUUGGACAGUAUUAAAACGUCCAAAAUUGAUCAAUAUAUUACCUGUCUUUAUAAAAUUCAAUUAAAUUAUAAAAGCAUAGCUGAGAAAGAAUCAAGUAAAGUUUUAUUUCUCUUACCUCAACUUUUUGGUGAAUUACGAGAAUUUGGUUUGGAAAUAGUAAAUAAUUCUUUGUCAAAGAUCGAGAAUGCUUUUGAAGAAUUAAAGAAUAAAGAGUUGCUAGAAAUAUUAAAUCAUCGUGAUGAAGGAUGUCAGUAUGCGGCUUUGAAAAUUGUAAAAGGACUUUUACCAAACUUAAAACAAGAAGAAAUACUUUAUUUUAUACCUUCUUUAAUCUCCUUUGUAUCAUCAACAAGUACCAAGUGUCGUGGGUUAAUGUAUGAUAUUUUCAUUGACCUGUAUGACAGAUACCACGGCUCUGAUGAACUAGCUAAUAGAGAUAUAAUUUUAAAUACAAAAGAUGUUUUACUACAAGGAUUACUAGAUGAAGAUUACAGGAUUGCUAUUCAAAACUUUUGGAGCGAUGAAAGACGACUCCCUACAGCCACUAUUGAUAGAACAAUUGCUAUGUUAGGAGCUAUGUAUAGUCCAAAAACAGAAAAACAAUAUUUAUCAUACUCUACUAAUCUUCUUCUGGAAAUGACAUCAAAAAGUCCUGAUUUCAAUAAAGAAUUGUUUGAUCGUCCACUAUCUGAGUGCAAAUUUUCUGAAUUUAACGUUACGCAUUCGUGGAGAAGAAGACAUACUAUGAACUCUCUUUUCAUUGAUAAUUCCUUGAUGGACUCUACUCAAGCAGGUGGAGAGGGUUAUAUUCGUGCAACACAGGAUGGAGAGUUCUCUCAAACGAUUGAUGUAGCAACUGCUAAAAAACGCCCGUUCAACUGGCUAACUCAGUCAACAGUUGAUACUUUUGCUGAAUCUGGAACUUUGAGCACCCUAUCUACACCUACUCAAAGUGAAUCUAAUCUAUUGUUUUCCAACGUCAAAAAAAUUAAAUCUCCAAAGAAAAAAUUGGAUGCUGCUAAAGCGACAACAUCAGAACAAGGUGAAGAUACUGACGAAAUCCUUAGAUUGCGUCGACGAUUUUUAAAAGACUCUGAAUCAAAGCAACUUUAUUUCGUUAAAAAGCAAAUUCGUCAGAGGAAUAUGAGAAAGGAAAUAGAGAAAGAAAGAAAAGAAAGAAGAGAAAAUCAAGUUACAAUCUAUAGAAAGUACCGAACGGGAGAUUUACCAGAUAUUCAAAUCAAAUACGCUUGUAUUAUUGCUCCUCUGCAAGCGGUUGCUCAGAGAGACUCACAACUGGCUCGUAUUCUCUUUACCCAACUGUUUUCAGCUUUAAUGCAUGAGAUGAUGGAAUCGGAGGAUAGAAUGCGUGAAAUAAGGGCAAAUAUUCUUAACGGAAUCGAGAAGAUGAUAAGUUCAUCUGAUUAUUAUUAUCCUCCCCUCUUUGGGGCAAUUUUAGAUAUAAUAAGAUCAAACUUGCGGUUAAUCGACAUAGACACUUCCAAAAUUGGUGAAGCGUGUAUUGGGGGUGGACAAGGUCCUCUAGGCAUUCUUCUAUUAGAAGAUAUUCUCAUACAAAAAGAUUUUGUCAAACCAAGACCACCAACAGCGAAGAAAGCAAAAAUAUCAAAAGCAUCCUCCGAUAAGGCAAUUGUAUGGAUUGAACUAGCAAAGCUGUACAAAUCAUUAGAUGACUUUGAUAAUCUUCAAAGCAUAUUCGAGUAUCGUAUCAAGGGCGAGGGUAAAACUAGUGAAGCCCUGGCUUUGGAAGCUAAAGGAGAUUAUCUUUCAGCUGUUGAUAUAUAUACAGAGAGCUGGAAAUAUCCUCCCGAAGAAGUAGAAAAAGAUUUGUGGGAUGAAGCCCGAUUGGAAUGUUAUAACAAUCUGUGCGAUUGGGAAAAAAUUAAUGAUAUAACAACAGCGACAAUUGAUGAAGCUGGGCAUAGUGGACUAGAGAAUGUCUGGCUUGAUACAUAUUAUCAAGAUCAUUAUUUACCUUUAAUGUUAAAAAGUAAAUUGAAAUUAAUACAAAAUGGAAAAAUUCAACAGGAUUUAUUUGAUUUUAUCGAUAAGAGUAUGCAACAUGACGAUAAGAAAAAGCUCUUGGAGGCUAAGUAUAGUGAAAGAUUGGCUCUUAUGUAUAUUUAUCAAGAAAAGUAUGAUCGAGCUAAAUACUACACAACCAAUGCCUUCGAACAAUUUCUUAAUGAAUGGUCAGGUAUUGGAACAAUAAUGAAAACCCCCAGAUUAGAGAAACUCAGAAGUGUUCAAAAGCUUCAGGAAAUGGGCGAAUUUUUGGAUUUAAUAACUAAUAGAGAUUCCUUAAGAUCUUCUAAAGUACAUGCACUAAAUGAUAAAUGGAUGAAUAGAAAGCUUAAUCAUCUGUCCGAUCCUCAGAGUAUAUGGGAUGAUAUUAUAACUAAUAGAAUGAUGUAUAUCGAUCAAUUAAGCGAAAUUUGCAGUAAAAUUGAUGAUGAUAAAGUUACAGUGGAAACGUUAAUAAGAGAUCAAUUAAGCUUUCGUUUACAUCAAAUUGACAGUGCUAAAUCACAAAAUAACUUUGGGUUAGCCGAAAAUUUAUUGAAAGAUACAAAUUUCAAAAUGAGAAUGGCUAAAACUGCUCUAGAAUUGAAAACAGAUUGGAUUGAAGCAAGAAUAAAUGUUUUAAGACAAAAACUAUUACUUAACGAUAAAAUAUCGGAUACUAUUAAAAUAGAAAAGCUUUCUACUAGCUUUGAUGAAUUAGACAAUUAUUUAUCUCAGAAGAGCACAGAAAUAGAAAGAGAUCAAUAUUCAAGAUUAAUGAUACUUAAAGCGGAAACACUUCAAGAUAUUAGUAAUUUUAUAACUGAGGAAAAUUUUGAUGAAACAUCAAAAACAUUGUUUAAACUAUGUGAAAUAUCAGACUCUGAAUCAUUUAAUACUUCUCAAGUACGAAGGUUAUUAGAAAAACAAUCCUGUUCCUUCUUUAAAGAAUCAAUUAAGACUUGCAAUGUUAUUAAAAAUUAUACAAUUGAAAGUAGGUCCCAGUUGUUAUUGGCAAUAUUUUGCGCAAAAAUAUUGAGGGAAAAUGAUGAUUCCAAUGCUGAUGAUAAAGAAUGGAUAAGCGAUUGUGCAGCAAAUUGCAUAAAAUCUUUGUGUAGGGCCAUGAAAUUAGGUAAUCGAAAGGCAAUACAUAGAUUUGCUGGAUUAUUACAAAUAAUGGAAAGAUUUCCCCAACAUUCGGAUGUGUUUAUUGAAAGCACUGCUGACAUCCCUUGUUGGAUGUAUCUAUCUUGGCUCGGACAAAUGACUGCUUUAUUAGACAAAAAUAUUUCUAAAAUAGUGCAUCAACCUCUACUGAAAGUGGCUGCUACUUAUCCCAAUGCUCUGGUAUAUCCCUUUAAUCUUAGCUCUGAAGGUUUUAAAUUCGAUGAUACUUUGGAUGGAAGGCGAGCGAUAUGUGUACAAAAAGAAAUUUCUUCUAUUCUUGGAAGAAAUCCAUAUAUCUCUACUUUUGUUAAAUCUCUUGAGCAAUUUGAGCAGCCCAAUGUGCUUUUUGCAGAAAAGAUAGAGGCAAUUCAAAAAGAAUCAAAACUGAAAAGAUUAGAAAAAGUGCAAAAAAUAUAUGAUAAUCUACAAAGAGAAUUGUUAUGCGAAACUGAAGAAGAUGAUGACAGUCUGUACAGUAGAGAUCAAUCUUCUUCUGAAAUGCCGAUUACUGUAAAAUUAGGAGCUUACAGGCGACGUUUUGCAAAGAAAUUUAAAAAUAAAAUUGAAAAAGCUUUCGGAUCACGUGGCCAACUAAUAUCUUCAAUGAGCAUAAAAGCUGUUAAUGAUAAUAUCCAAGCUCUUCAAAGUGAAAUAAAAAGUGCUAUGGACGAAGACUUGAGGCCUCCAAAAACGUUGACUGAAUAUUCUGACUGGCUAGCUAAUUUUCAAGGGAUGAAAAUUUCACAUAGCAUAGAAAUACCUGGUCAAUAUACAGGAGAUUUUAAGCCUAUGCCUGAGCGCCAUAUAAAAAUAUCUAGCUUUGAUAAUAAUGUUCAGGUUAUGAAAUCUAUAAGGAAGCCAAAAGUUAUAACUGUAAGAGGAACAGAUGCCAAGGAGCACAAGCUUCUAGUUAAGAGUGGAGAAGAUUUAAGAUUGGAUCAAAGAGUCAUUCAAAUAUUCCGCCUUAUGAACGAAAUAAUGAGGGAGGAUUGCCAAUGCUCUCAAAGAGAUUUACAAUUAAGAACUUACAAUGUGAUUCCACUUACAACCAGAGUUGGCCUCAUUGAAUGGAUGGAAAAUACUAUUCCAGUCAAAGAUUUUCUUGUUUCGGCUUUGGGAAAGGACGACAAACGAUUGGAUAAAUUACGCAUAGAAUAUAAGAAAUGGCUGAUAGACUUUUCGAGCAAAUCUCAAUUAAAAGACGCUCAUUUGUACUACCUAAACGUCGGUUAUAGGAAGAGGCAAGAUGUUAUUACUAAUUUUAAGAAAUUACAAUCUUUAGUUCCAGACAACUUAUCAAGAGGGGCUUAUCAGGAGAUGGCAGCUUCUUCAGAAGCAUAUUUUAUUCUAAAGCGCAACUUUACAAAGUCUAAUGCUCAAAUGUGUGCCUAUAUAUAUCUUUUAGGAAUUGGGGACAGACAUUUGUCUAAUACAAUGAUCGAUAAGACUAAUGGAGCAGUCGUCGGAAUUGAUUUUGGUUAUGCAUUCGGUGUCGCAACUCAGAUUCUGCCAAUUCCUGAACUAAUUCCGUUUCGUCUGACAAGACAAUUUUUAAAUUUAAUGCAACCGCAUAAAGCUGUUGGACUAUUCCGGUCAACUAUGAUUCACAUCUUCAAUAGUUUAAGAAGAAAUGCUGAUCUUUUACUAGCAGCAUUAGAUGUUUUUAUAAAGGAACCAUCUGUAGACCUUAAACACUUUGAGGAAAAGCUCGAAAAAAGUGCUUUUGGUCCAACUGGAAAGGAUUCCAUAGCUACAAUGGACAAGACUAGUAUAACCGCCAAUUGGUUACCUAAGCGAAAGAUUGAACUUGUAAAAAGAAAACUACAGGGAUCUAACCCUGCUUAUUUGACAAAAAUCGAUUUGGAAAGCGGUAAACUGAAAGGUUUGACCUGCGAAGUUCCUUCAAAGAAAAGCGGUAGAUUAGAAGUUUCACCUUUAAAUGACUAUUUGCAAAUUUUGAUGGGUAGCGAAGCAAACAUCCGAGCUCAAUUACCAGAGGAUAACUUAACUGUUGAACAACAAGUUGAUGCCUUAAUUGAUCAGGCCACUGAUAAACAUAUUCUUGGGCUAACUUGGCUGGGUUGGGAGCCUUGGGUGUAA